UGUCCUUGUUUCCGCGUAGGCUAGACUCCGUUUACAAUAAAAGUCUGUCCGGUUUUCAGCCCCGGUGAGACCAUCAGCCCCUGAGCGCUGCUCUGAAUUUAGCGGGCAGCGCUUCUCGUGCACGCGGUGUAGCCAAUGACCGCGCGCGCCGGAGUGACAGCAGGAUCUGCGCCCGCGCGCGCGUCACCAGCCAUCAGCUCACAGCGACGCGCGCAGCUCGCGCCUUCAGCGGCCCGAUAAGCGAUGACAGGCGAACUUGGCGAAGCAGGAGAGCACAGAUAUGGAAGAGCACAAACUCUGACUUCCGAGGAACCGACACUCAGGGGCGGAUGGACGAGAUAUUAGUCCCCUAACAGCAGCUCCAGCAUGAUCCCGCGCAGUAUGAAGUCGUCAGGGGUGGAUCUGCCGGGUGUGGGUCCGAGAGAAGUGCCGCUGAUCGGAUACCGAGCGCUGCAGACGGAGUUGGACGGCUCCCCGGAUCAGCUGUGGAAGGAGAGUGAACACAGAGAGGCAGAUCAUCACACACAGGGGGAGCCGUCCCCAAUGAAGACCACAUGGUACUGCCCGCUGGACCUGUCCACUGUGUCUGAAAUGGAGGAGGACGGCAUCAUCUACACUGUGGUGGUGAAACAAGGUCCUGGUUCCCCCACCAGCCCUCAGUCUACAGCAGCCCGCUCUCAGCACGUCAAAGCCGGGACAGAGGAGAAGCUGGUCCUGCAUCUCCUUCACUCCUUCUCCAUGGGCGACUCAUCCUUCAUCUCCAUCUUCCUCUCCACCUACCGCUCCUUCACCUCCACCCAGAGAGUGCUGGACAUCCUCAUAUGCAGGUUGGAAAAUCCUCCUGGGGAGUCUCACAGCAAUAGCCGUCAGAUGUUCAACAAAGCGGUGUGUACAGUGUUCAGUACAUGGAUGACUGACUAUCCUGAAGAUUUCCGUUCUCUGAGUGACCCGUCCCGUCUGCUGCGUCUGGCCCCGCUUCUGCCGACAGACUCUUCAGGGGCUGAAAUCAAGAGCCGACUGUUGCGUAUCGCAGAGGAGCUGAGCGAGAAAACCCUGCUGUCUGCAUCGCUCUCAGAUCCUACCAAAGGUCUGUUGUCUCCUCCGAACCCCUCAGACUUUGAUGCCACCAGCGUCCUGGGAUUUCCAUCUAGCGUGAUCGCAGAGCAGCUCACCAGGAUUGAGACAGAUCUGUUUCUGAAGCUGGUGCCCCAUCACUGCCUGGGCUCUCUGUGGUCUCAGAGAGAUAAGAAGGGUCAGGAAGGAGCAUGUUGGUCAGUCAGAGCAACUAUCAAGCAGUUUAAUCGCUUAGCUAACGCCGUCACGGCCUCGUGUCUGUGGAUGACAACUCUGAAGAGCCAGCAGAGGGCCAGACUGCUGGAGAAGUGGAUCAGCGUUGCAGAGGCCUGCAGAACCAGGAAGAACUUCUCAUCGCUGUACGCCAUCCUCUCAGCGCUGCAGAGCAACCCCAUUCACAGACUGAGGAAGACCUGGCAGGAGACAGACAGAGAAGCUGUGAAGAGAUACGAGGAGCUUUCUGACAUCUUCUCAGAGAAAGACAACUAUUCUCAGAGCCGAGAGCUGCUCAAAGAGGAGGGGACUUCCAAAUUUGCAAACCAUGACACUAAAAUCAACAACAGGAGAUUUACUGGGUCGUGCGCUCAAGGCACUGUACCAUACCUGGGCAUAUUCCUCAGAGAUCUCACCAUGCUGGACACUGCAGUCAAAGACAGACUAGAGAAUGGCUUCAUCAACUUCGAUAAACGACGACGGGAGUUCGAAGUCAUCGCUCAAAUACGCCUCCUACAGUCCUCAUGUAAAAACAGCAUUUUUCGAACCGACGAAACAUUCAUUCAUUGGUAUCACAGUGUGCCCACUCUACGUGAAGAGGAAAGCUACAAGCUGUCCAAUCAGAUUGAAGCACCAGGUGAGCCGAGUCCUGGCCGUGGCCUGAACCCUACAGUGAUCAUCACACAAUGUCCAGACGCUCUCUCAGCUGUUGCCAAUACGACAAUGGAUGCUGACGGCAUAUUUGACUUUCCAUCUCCUGUCAAUCAGCUGCUCUCCAAGCUUUGCAAGCAUGUGAAAUCCCCAUCCGUUUCCUGUCUGGACGUUGAUUCGUCACCGCCAUCCAAUGAUUCCACGCCCUCAAUCCUGACCACACCCACUACAGCUGUCAAAUCACAUCGCCGCUCUGUCUCCUGUGGCAACAACCCGACCAAUAGCAAACCAGAGGCGGGGCCUGAUAUGAGAAUCGUCAGGAUACGGAUGGAUUUGCACGACGGCAACUUAUACCGCAGCAUUCUGGUUACCAGUAAUGAUAAAACACCCACUGUAAUCAGUUCUGCAUUAGAGAAGCACAACCAGAACGCUCAAGAAGCCUCCAAAUAUGAGCUGAUCCAGCUGCUGCCUGAGGGGAAAGAGUUAAUAAUACCUCCAACAGGAAACGUCUUCUACGCCAUGUCUUCAGCCAGUGUGGACUUCCUGUUGCGGAGACGAGGAGGAAACACACCGACAGGUUCUCCAAAUCUCGGCAAUGAAACCAGCGCGACCUUCCCUCGAAUCAAAGCCAAGGGCAGGAGACUAGUGCGCACGCUGUUUUAACACAAAAACAGGACAUUCAAGGCCACAGAAAAGACAUCAAAUAUGUCAUUCAGAGCCCUGAGACAAAAACGGUGUACAAUUGACCCAAAUAUAGUCCCAACAUUAGUAAUUUGA